CUUCUCUCUCUCCUGCCUAUUAUUAGCCACAGAGGCCGAGUGCGUGGAGGUGGAUCCAUCCACAUGACGAUCACGGCUGCAGCUCUGCGAGGUUGCCCGAUUUUUGUCGCCUCGUCCAUUCUGCCCCCGAAGAUGAGGUUGAACAGGGGUUGCCGCCAGGUGCAAAGCCGCAUCCGAUGGAGUCAUGCGUUAUUGUGUCUAGUUCCUCCAACCCCAUGCGACACUUCCUCGCGUUACGCUCACAUUUGACAGAUUCUGAUAUGGACUAUGAGAGGCCUAACGUUGAAACCAUCAAAUGUGUGGUGGUCGGAGACAAUGCCGUUGGAAAGACCCGUCUUAUCUGCGCCAGGGCCUGCAAUGCCACACUCACACAGUACCAGUUACUGGCUACACAUGUGCCCACAGUCUGGGCUAUAGACCAGUACAGGGUAUGCCAGGAGGUUUUAGAGCGCUCCAGAGACGUGGUAGAUGAUGUCAGUGUUUCCCUUCGUCUCUGGGAUACUUUCGGAGAUCACCACAAGGACAGACGCUUUGCAUAUGGCAGGUCUGAUGUGGUGGUACUGUGCUUCUCUAUUGCCAACCCGAACUCUCUGUACCAUGUAAAGACCAUGUGGUACCCCGAGAUAAAACACUUCUGCCCCCGUGCGCCUGUCAUCCUGGUGGGCUGUCAACUAGACCUACGCUAUGCAGACCUGGAGGCAGUGAACAGGGCACGGAGGCCUUUGGCCAGACCCAUUAAAUCGAAUGAGAUACUUCCCCCAGAGAGAGGCCGGGAGGUGGCAAAAGAGAUGGGAGUGCCGUAUUACGAAACCAGUGUUGUUGCUCAAUUUGGAGUCAAGGACGUUUUUGACAAUGCUAUCCGAGCUGCGCUUAUCUCACGCCGCCACCUGCAGUUCUGGAAGUCUCACCUCCGAAAUGUGCAGCGGCCGCUUCUUCAGGCUCCCUUCCUGCCGCCAAAACCCCCGCCGCCUAUAAUCACUGUGCCGCCUCCCCCGACAACCACAGAAGAGCACCCGGUCGGUCUUCUGGAGGACCCACACUGCGCUGAUGUCAUCCUAGUGCUCCAGGAGCGGCAAAAGAUCUUUGCACACAAGAUAUACUUAUCGACGUCCUCCUCAAAGUUCUAUGACCUGUUUAUCAUGGGAACGCAAAAUGAGGAGACGGAACGGCCCUCUCGUGGUCCCCUCUCGGGCCGAGAGCUGCUGAUGCGUGCCGCCAGCUUUGACGUGUGUGAGAGCAGCGACGAAGGGGACAGGGCCAACCUGAGAGCCUGCACCAGUGACGGAACUUUGAAAGACUCAGAAGGAGGCAGGCGGGGCCACUUGCUUUCCUCCUGGAGCCGAGCUUUCGUCAGCAUCCAGGAGGAGCUCGUGGAUGACCCCAUAACCUACAGUCCCAGGCCCAUGACUGUAGUGCACAUGGAUCCGUCCAUGCAGCUGGGACCCUUUCGAGCUGUGCUUCGCUACCUGUACACUGGCCAGCUGGAUGAGAACGAGAAAGAGCUCAUGCAUAUUGCGCACAUCGCCGAAUUGCUGGAGGUCUUUGAUCUGCGCAUGAUGGUGGCAAACAUACUCAACAACGAAGCCUUCAUGAACCAAGAAAUCACCAAAGCCUUCCAUGUACGCCGAACUAACCGAGUCAAAGAGUGCUUGGCUAAAGGAACCUUCUCUGAUGUGGUUUUCAAGUUAGAUGAUGGAACCAUAAUGGCCCACAAGCCUCUGCUCAUCUCAAGUUGUGACUGGAUGGCAGCUAUGUUUGGUGGACCUUUUGUGGAGAGUUGCACGAAAGAGGUGCUGUUUCCCAACACCACUCGCAGCUGCAUGAGGGCUGUGCUGGAGUAUCUUUACACGGGACGCUUCUGUUCUCGUUCUGACCUGGAUGCAAUGGAGCUUAUUGUUCUUGCCAAUCGUCUUUGCCUCCCCCACUUGGUUGCACUUACAGAACUCUACACAGUAACCGUGCUGACAGAGGCAGCAAUGAUGGGGGCUGACAUUGAUGGAGAGGUUUUGGUGAAUCUGGACAUGGCCCAGUUCCACGGUGCCCAGCAGCUGACUGGUUGGUGCCUUCACCACAUCUGCACCAACUACAAUAGUGUCUGCCGCAAAUUCCCCAGAGACAUGAAAGCCAAGUCUGCAGAGAACCAAGAUUACUUUGAAAAGCAUCGCUGGCCCCCAGUGUGGUUCCUGAAGGAGGACGAUCACUACCAAAGAGCACGGAAGGAGCGGGACAAGGAGGACUACCUGUACCAGAGGCGCCAAUGUAAACGCAAGUGGCUCUUCUGGAACCUUCCCUCAUCCCCCAACUCGAACUCUUCAUCUUCUGGUUCAUCUGCUGUCAUCUGAGCAAGUGGUAAGGCCGCGCCCACCAUUGGACGUCUAUGACAAUAUGAGGACGUAAAGCUAAUUAUUUAUUGCAAGGUUUCCUUCUUUGUUUGCAUUCAAAUAUUAAGCGUCCAAGAUUUGCUUAAUUUGUCCUUUAUAUCUGUACUUUCAAAUCAUUUUCUGAUGCACACAGGACUCAAGUGUCACUCAUAAAAACCCUGAUGGCAAACAGCCUAUAGUUUAAAAGAGAAUACAUACAGUAUAUCAGCACUAUCCAUCUGUAUGAUAAUAAUCUUCAUCAAACCUGAACUGAUAACCAAGUGCUGCUUAUCAGCUGCAACAACCAGCAAAUCAAAACAGAACCUGCGUCUCAGCGAAAUAGCACUUUGCCCUUAAGUGUUUGUACAAUCUACCACACAAUGAGUACAGUCAGUCUUCAACAGCCAACGGGACCGUCGUCUCAUCGACCAGGCGAAACUAGAAGUGUGUUUAAAUGUGACGGGUGUUUUUCUUGAAUGUGAUUAUUAACCGUGCAGAGCUAAAAAGUAAGUUCAGAGACGCCCAGUAGUUAUUAUGUGUCGUGAUCUUGUCUGUGGCCACAAAAGGGCUGUCGUUUACAUGAAUGCAUUCUGUGUCCUGAGAAACACACCAAAUUAUCUUUAUCUUCAGUCAGGUGCAAGUAAAAACGAUCAAAUUACGAUGAUCAUUGGAGAUGGGGAUAAUGAUCAAUUAGCUGCGCUAUUGAUGGUGAAUUCAUGGUUUAAUGGUUUCAACUUCUGUCCUCAUCACACACAAGAUUCUCCCGGUGGAACAAUACAAGACAGUAUGGUCUCACCAAAAGCUGACAAUUAAAAAAACGGGGGAAAAAACCCAGCAAGAUGUAUACCAAUUAAUUUAAACAAAGAUGUAUUAUUUUUCUUUUUUGGGUUAUUUGUGUUUCUCACACCGUGCACUCUACUGUAUGUGUAAGAUUGUCAUGUUGUAUGCGAUCGUUGGUCGGACUGCAACAUUACGUUCUGUUUCGCGAACAAAGAAGAUUUGUAAAUUGUAUAUUGAAUGUUAGAUUAACUGCCUUAGAAUAAUGUGCAGUUACUUUGUAUUGAGCAGAACAGCACACUGUAACUGAUUAUUAUGUUACUUGACUGAUCGUUUCUGUUCAGCUAUUACUGCUGUGGAAAAAUGACCCAAUGACUCAUUUUGCUGGCCUCCAGUUACAUUAGCACUUCCAUUAUAUACUGUAGCAUAACUCCAAAGUAGUUCAAUUAGAAUUCCAGUGCAACGUAAAUACCUUUCUAUUAUGGUUACACAAUAGACUCAUUAAGACACUUUGUUGUAUUUUUAUGAUGAAAUAUUUUGAGUUCAACCGCGAGCUUGAAAUGGUAGUGGUAUGAAAAUUAAAAUCAAAACCCAUUUCCUACUUGUAUGGAUUUAUUGCUACACUUAAUGAAUAAGGUAUCCCCAAAUUGAUGAACGCCUUUCCAUACUUUCAAAUUGAGAAAAAUUGCCAAGUGGCAGUACUGGUCCUCCAGACAGGAGCUCUGAAUCGAUCCCAAUGAGAGAGAGUAUCAAACAAAACACUACCCCCAAGGGUGUGGAAUAGCUAUUUUAAAACAACAAAACAUACUUUGUGUUUCGAAUAAAAUAAAUAUAAAAACUCACUGAAUGCAUACAUGCUUUUCAUUGGACAGAAACAUUACACUGUUUGUGAAUCUACUUGUGACUCAGUGUUUUUAAUGAAUAAUUAAUCAGCAGAAUAAUAGGUAUUGAUAUGAUCCCCCCCCCCCCCUUCCAUUCCCCCGGUGGUGUGUUUCAUUCAUAAACAUGUAUUUAAUGGCGCGGCGUAUUGCUUUUAGAGUCUGAUGUUUGGUCUGAUGCUGAUGUUUCGCAUCGAUGACACCUCACGCCUUAAUGUACAGUGUCAGUUUAUGGUAUUGAAUGUAAAGUAGUGUUACAUUGUGGUUAUCAAUGUUCAUAUUUCAAAAUGUGGAUAUCAUGCAAUUUGUGUGCGGUUUGAGUGCGCUUGUCUGAACUCUGGCUCAGCUCAAAACAGAAAGCAAAUUUAAAAAUCUGAUCAAGACUACCAUUUUUUUUUUUUAAUCAUCAGUUUGGAGUGUUACCCAUCGAAUGGAUGCAGGGAUCUAAAAUUCGUUUAUUCCAUUUAAGGUUUAAUCAUUAAAAAAAAAAAAAAAAUAGAGUGGCCAUAAGGAAUUAGACGAAACCUCAAAAUUGUAAAUAUUAGUAAGCGAUAUGCUCUCUUUAACAUGGUGGUUUUCUACAAUGCAUAUUUAAAUCUCUUGCUUUGAAACUUCAAAUUUGCACUCCUUUGUAGCAACAAGUUGUGUUCAAAUGAUCCGAAUUAUUAGAGAUGUAGAUAACAUCAGGUAAAUUAGAAAAUUUAAAAAAAAAGUGAUAAAAUUUACUCUAAGGCCCUUUUCCAUGUAUUCGGGUGCUAAAAUUUCCGCUGCAGAGAAGCACAAACCAAAGGGAGCUUAAGCAGCACCAGGAAUAUAGAAAUAUGGAUAUGCUGCACAAUCACCACUGCAUAGUUUAAGAGGCCUUGUUUGAAAAUUAUGAAAAAAGGCAAAAAAAAAAAGAAGAAUGUUUUCUCAGUGUUCAAAGGCUUGGUGACAAUUUCUUUUGUCAUCAGGUGAUUUUAUUUCUGAAGAAGCUCUUUGUAUUGUUUGUUAAUCUGAAAUUAUGU